CUGAAUCAUGUCAAUUCCAACCUGCUGUUCGCCUAUAGUCAUUGCGACCUGAUUACCCCACUUCCACCGCCGAGGAGGCCGGCCCCGAGGGGUUUACACCUACGCCUGCAUAAGAAUCCCUGCAGGAUAACUCGGCACUUCACAUCUAUCUACCGAGAGGCCGGUGUCGGUGGUCCUAAACCACAUCUUCAUGCAGAAAAUGGCUACUACAUAACUUGCAACACAUCGCCACGCAGGUCAGAGAUUGUUCGGUGACGGCGAGAAAUCACCGAACGAAGACCGAUGACAUAAUCGACUCCCGGUAUCGGCAUCGGCACGGCGGGUGGGGAGAGUGCGCAUCACCAUCGACAAGGAUUCAUUGGUGGGGUCAUGCAGAAAAAAAAGUGAUGGUUUACUGGGUAACACACGUGGCGAUGGGUAGACGGGGUAUAUAAUGGGUUGAUAGCGUCCGGCCAUCGGGUUAUUUCAAUCGGCCGAAGAACGAGACAUACCUCUCUCUUGUCACACGUUCUGUUCAUCGCGUCGGCUCUGUAUUUGACUGCUUGAUCAGUCUUUCUAUCCUCUUGUCAAUCCGGUUUUCAACAACGUCAUAAUGUCCUUGAGCUCAGGUGCAAGCAAUCUACGCAAGACCCUCGAAGACCCCAAUGGCUUCGUGUGUGCCCCGGGUGUAUACGAUGGUCUCUCCGCGCGAAUGGCCCUCGCGGCUGGCUUUGACGCCCUAUACAUGACCGGCGCAGGAACUGCCGCCUCAGUCCACGGCCAAGCAGACCUAGGCAUCUGCACGCUCAACGACAUGCGCGCCAACGCCGAGAUGAUCGCCAACCUAUCCCCGAGCAACCCCCUCAUCGCCGACGCAGACACGGGCUACGGCGGACCGAUCAUGGUCUCCCGGACGACGGAGCAAUACGCCCGCUCCGGCGUCGCAGCCUUCCACAUCGAAGACCAAGUACAAACCAAACGCUGCGGCCAUCUCGGCGGCAAGCAACUCGUUGACACGACAACCUACACAACACGCAUCCGCGCCGCCGUGCAAGCACGGCGCCGAAUCGGCAGCGACAUCGUGGUCAUUGCCCGCACCGACGCGCUGCAGUCCUUCGGAUACGAGGAAAGUCUGGCGCGACUCCGUGCUGCGCGGGACGCGGGCGCAGACGUGGGCUUCCUCGAGGGCAUUUCUUCGCGGGAGAUGGCUGCGCAGGCGGUGCGUGAUCUUGCGCCGUGGCCGUUGGUGUUGAACAUGGUUGAGCAUGGUUCUACGCCGGCGAUUUCGGCGCAGGAGGCCAAGGAGAUUGGCUUUAAGAUGAUCAUCUUUCCGUUUGCGACGAUUGGGCCGGCGUUGACGGCUAUGCGGGAGGGAUUGGAGAAGUUGAAGAGGUUGGGGUUGCCCGGGCUGGAUAAGGAGUUGACGCCGCAGAUGUUGUUUAGGGUUUGCGGGUUGGAUGAGAGUGUGAGGUUGGAUGCGGAGGCUGGGGGUGCGGCGUUUGAGGGGGGUGUGGAUUUUGCGAAGUGAUUCCUCUCUUGUUUCCUCCAGGGAACAAGACCCUCCGGGUUCCUCUCCGAGGGUCAUGGAAGGAGGAUUGAGAGGAAGACUCGGCCUGUGAGCUCCGCGGGCUGGACUUCCUCGUCCUUUGGGGGUAUCGUGGCCUGUUCGAGUGGGAGCCUGCGCUGGUGCCGAUAUUGAUCGGCCGAAGCCAUGACACUAGACUCCGUAAAUAGUAACGUCCCCAUAGUUAAUGAUUGACAUUCUAUUCUUGUUGCAAUAUAUUGCACUCUGCCACUUGGGCCAUGAUCCGAUUCCGAGUCGCCCGUGUGGCUUGAAUACCUAUUAAAA